UUCUUAAAAAGAGAAAGACAAAUAAAAAAUAUUGCUUAAACCAACUCAAAAUGACCUAACCCUUAUUGAUAUUGUCUCCUCCAUACCUCCUGUGCCGAAAAUCAGUCUCUCACAUCCAGUCAAAAACUCAGCGUCCCCUAUCGUCCUCCCGCUGCUCCGGCAUCGGCGCUGCCAGACAACACCAACCCUGGCUUGCAUCCCGCGACCUUUUCCUCUUCCUUUCCCUUCCUCUUAGUGCUUCUCUGUCUUCGUCGUCCUCCCCGGCAAGGCUCCACGCAACAACAGGCCAGCAGCAACUCAAAUUUCAAAAUCUCCAAUCGAGAAAGCAAUUCUUUCUUGGGCCGUGAAGUUGGGGAUGAAUUUUGAUCUUAUCAGAUCAAAUUCGACAGUUCUCCGUGUCUUCCCCUUCAAUUUUGAGAAAAAGCAAGGCAGUUAAUGGUCUUUCUAUGAGCAUCCAAGGAAAUGAAGUUGCAAAAGAAAGCUCCGAUAUUAUAAUUCUUGAUGAUAACUUGGCAUCAGUAGUAAAAGUAACUAACCUUCACCACAUGCAUGAUCAUCUGUUUAUAAUUAAUCAAACUGUUUUGUGUAUUUGUACAGGUAAUUUCAUUCAGUUCCAGCUCACGGUUAAUUUGCAGUUAUAUGUUAAGUUUAGUUUUGGUUUAAUUUGCUUACAUGCAGCUUUUGUGGGUUAACCUGAUCAUGGACACUCUUGGAGCCCUUGCACUAGCUACGGAACCACCAACUAAAAGCCUUAUGCGCAAAUCACCAGUUGGCUGAAGGGAAUCUCUUAUAACUAAUGUCAUGUGGAGGAACUUGAUCAUACAGGCUAUCUAUCAAGUGACCAUUCUUCUCAUUCUUAAUUUCGGUUGGCAAAGUAUGAAUCUAGGUGAUAAUCAAUAUUUUAAAUCUCACUCCUUACAAGUGAAGAAUACUUUAAUAUUCAACACAUUCAUUCUAUGCCAAAUAUUUAACGAGUUCAAUGCUAGAAAAAUAGAUCAAAUGAAUGUCUUCAAAGGAGUGACUAAGAAUCGUCUCUUCAUGGAAAUUGUUGGAGUGACAUUUGUGCUUCAGUUUAAUCAUAAUAUAAGUGACAACAUUGGUGGAAUUGGUGGACAUGUUCUUUGUACAAUUGAUAUGCCAAAUCUUAAGUGUUUGUAUUUUUCAUUUUUUAAAAUUUUCAAUGUGUAACGAGGAACUGAGAUGUGUAAUAUAUAAUGAAUUUUAUAGAAGCAAGAUCACAUUUGUGCAGCCAGAUUGAAACAUCUCUAAAGGAGUGUGUGAAUACUUACUUUUACAUGAUAUUGUGAUCGAGCAUUUUUCUUUGUUAGUUUA